AUGCUCUCGGCUGUCACGAAACGUUGGACACGGGCGCGCGAACAGCCCCGAUGGAGGUUGACCUUGCUGGGACGAGCAGUCGCCCUGAUGUCCGGAGAGCUACUCUUCAAUGCGGCCUGCUGGGUCGCUGCUGGCAUAUGCUUCAAGGGAAGUGGUGUCUUGGGGCUCGCGUUACUGGCAUGGACUAUCGGGCUGCGGCAUGGCCUUGACGCCGACCAUAUCAGUGCCAUUGACAAUGCUACCCGACAGCUUGUCAGCCAGGGUCAACUGCCCAUCACUUGUGGACUCUUCUUCUCACUCGGACACUCUACCAUUGUCAUAGCACUCGACAAAGUCGGCUCGGUAGGCGGAAUCGUCGGCGCAUCCGUUUCCGCCUCAUUCCUCUUCCUCGUCGCAUGUCUCAACAUCUUCUUUCUGAUCGGCGCUGUCAAGCAACGGCGAGCCAUCAAGCGGCGGCAAGCUUUGGGUUUGCCUCCAGAUGAAGAGGAUAUGGAUCCCACCAAGAUCCAUGGUGGGGGCUGUUUGGUUCGGAUCAUCUCGCCAAUUUUAAGGGCGGUAGACAAGCCAUGGAAGAUGUACCCAGUUGGCAUCUUGUUUGGUUUUGGAUUCGAUACGGCUUCGUCGAUUGCUCUUCUCGCCAUCUCCGCUGUCGCCCAGAGGGACAACAAUGGACAAUCUAUCAGCCAUGGCAAGAUUGUUAUCCUUCCAUUCCUGUUUACCGCAGGCAUGUCCCUGGUCGAUUCCCUCGACUCUAUCCUCAUGCUCUACGCCUACGCCUCCCCCUCCCGCUCCACCCCCGAAGGCAAGAUUGCUCUCCUACAAGACUCUUUCGACUCGAAAGAGACUAUCAACGAGACUAUCAUCGAGACGCUGCCGGUGGAGACUUCCGACGAGCGCGAGAGGGUAGAAAGUGAAGAGCUGCGCGCGAGCCCUAGAGGAGAGAUUGAGAGGCUGGAAGAAGAGCAGGGAACGAAAUGUAUGGGCGCGAGGGACGGUGGUGUGGAGGAGGAGGGCAUCGGCAGCCCUUCCAACUUUGCGCAAGGUGCUCAGAACGAGCGGGUGAUACAGGCCAAGGCCAACACGAUGUCUUCGCUGUCCAUUAUCCUCACCCUUCUGUCCAUCUUGGUCGCCCUCAGCAUCUCCCUGAUCGAAAUCAUGGGUCUCAUCGGCGACAAUUGUACGCAAUGCCAGGAGGCAGCUGAUGACCCCGACGGGGGUGGUCUCGCAGGGAGCUGGUGGCGUGCAUGGGCUAGAGCCAACGACCAGUCUGGCUAUAUCGGUGCUGCUAUCGUGGGGUGCUUUGUGGCCAUCUUGGCUGGGUUCUAUGGUGCAAAGUGGGGUGCAAAGAAGUGGAAGGUCAGGCAGGAGGGCAAGCGGGCGGUCAUACUCCCGCCAACAAACGAGGAGGAGGCGCAUCAAUGA